UAUUCGAGUUAAAACUUGUUGAAUGAGCAGCUGGUCUCGGUUGACCGUUUCGAUUAGAAGAAGCGAAAGGAAUAAGCAAACGGACUUUUCUUAGAUAUUUCAAUUAAAACUUGAAAGUUGCUACAUCAUCAACUCUUGCAAUCUAAAUAAGGAAUUUAACAAAAAGAGGAAUAAGAACAUUCCAUAAAAGAAUUGUACGUAACGUUCUAUAAAGAAAAAGAAAUUUCAAGCAAUGGCCGAUGACAGCGAUGAUGUUGUUUCAAAUUCUACAGACUGUACGAAGAAGAAUAGCAAACCGGUGAUGGAAAAACGUCGUCGAGCCAGGAUCAAUGCCAGCCUGUGUGAAUUGAAGGCGUUGCUCUUAGACGCAAUGAAGAAAGACGGGGCUCGUCACAAUAAGAUGGAAAAAGCGGACAUUCUCGAAUAUACAGUUAGGCAUUUACGGCAGGUACAAAGGCAACAAAUCUCUGCUGCAGCCUCCAGCGAUCCUGCUGUUUUAAACAAAUUCUAUGCGGGAUUCAACGAAUGCACAAAUGAAGUUUCGCGUUAUUUGUCAUCUGUCGAAUCGGUUGAUGUUGAAUUACGUUCAAGAAUUUUAGAACAUUUAACCAAUUGCAUAGCAACGAGUCAGUUAGGCAGAAAUUUGAAUCACAACUCUUCAUCUCCGUCUUCUCCGUCAUCGCAUACCAUUAUUCAACAGUCUCCGAUCAGUAUUGCUCCGAAACAGGAAAUUAAUAACAAUGUCAUUAAGCAUUCUCAUCAGCAGCAAUCGCAACAACAGCAGCAGCAACAACAAGUUCAAGUUAUACCAACCAAAUUGGCAAAUGGCCAAAUGGCGUUCGUCAUACCCAGUAGCGAGCAGACAACUACUAAUUACGUAAUGAUAACGAGCAAUACCUGUCCGGCAACGGCGUCAAAUGUCGUUAUAGCGGCUCCUAAGCAACAGACAAUUGUUAUGCAAGUUCCCGUCGUUAGUGAAUGUUCAAGCGACUCAAAUAACAAUACUAUUAAAACGCCGAGGAAAAGAGGAUCGUCAUCGCCUAUGCUCUCCUCCUCUGCAACCUCAUCCCCCUCUCCUGCAAAAAGUAUGAAAACCGAGGAUAAUCGCCCAUCUUCCCAAUCACCAAAGGCCGAAGAAGAGCCCUGGCGGCCUUGGUGAGGAAAUGAGUAUGAAUGCCGCUCGCAUACGCUUCUAAUACUAUUCAAAUAUGUAAUUAUCUGGGAGAGAUAAAUAGCACAUACGCCACAAAUAUACAUAAAUUAAUUGUAUUCAGAGCCAAAUAGAUGUAUAAUUAUGUAUAUUAAUAAUUUUUUUUAAUGUCCUCAUUUAGAAGAGACCUGUGAUAUAAUGGUGAAUCAUCAAACAAUGAAUUUAUAUAUUUAGUAGAUUACUUAAAUAUUACUUAAGAAUACAAUUCAGACGUCUAAU